AUGGCAUUUUUGAGGUCAGUGGCGACUGCAAAAACAACUGCGAUAAUAGCAGCAAUACCAACGGCAGCUGCCAUUGCAGCUUCUUCUUCUUCCUCUUCUUCCAAGCCAUCUACUUACUCUCUGCGCCUCUCCAAGAACCCCACUUUCGGGUCGGUUUCUUGUUCCAACCCAAUUCUCAGACCCGCCGGACUUGCUUUUGCGAAAUCCUAUCACCCUCCUUCGGCUGUUCAGAUGGAGGCGCCUUCUUCCGAUCAACAGUUAUCGUCCCUUCAAGACGGCGCUGUCUUGCCGGAAUUGCUGACAGAGUUUAUGGUGGACAUGUCGUGUGAAGGCUGUGUUAAGUCUGUCAAGACUAAAUUGCAGGCUAUUGAAGGGGUGAAGAAUGUGGACGUGGAUCUGAGUAAUCAAGUUGUGAAAGUUCUUGGGUCGUUGCCUGUGAAGACUUUAACUGAUGCUUUGGAGCAAACUGGUCGAAAGGCUCGACUGAUUGGACAAGGGGUUCCAGAAGAUUUUCUUAUUUCUGCUGCCGUAGCUGAAUUCAAAGGACCAGAUAUUUUUGGGGUCGUUCGUUUUGCCCAAGUGACUAUGGAGAUGGCUAGAAUUGAAGCUAACUUCACGGGACUCUCACCUGGAAGGCACAGUUGGUCAAUCAAUCAAUAUGGCGAUCUGACACAAGGCGCAGCCAGCACUGGCAACGUGUACAAUCCAACUCCCGACACUGGAAACCAGCCACUUGGCGACCUGGGAACACUAGAUGUUGAUGAAAAAGGCGAAGCAUUCUAUUCUGGUGUUAAAGAAAAGCUAAGAAUCGCGGAUCUUAUUGGGCGAGCAAUAGUUGUGUAUGAAACUGAAGAUAAAUCGGAUCCGGGCAUUAAAGCAGCAGUGAUAGCUAGAAGUGCUGGAGUUGGUGAGAACUACAAGAAACUCUGCACCUGUGAUGGAGUUACAAUCUGGGAAGCAAAUGGCAAAAUCUAAAAGUGUAUAGUUUCUUGACUUUUGUUGGAUUUGUCAUACAUUUGCAAGCUUUAUAGCUCUGUGCAUUCACCCAAUUAUUACUAUUGAGAAUCUCGAUAAACGGGAAUAAAAAUUCAGAAAGUAAAGAAGACAAGAUUUACAAUA